AUGGAUCCUGUUGUGACGCCCUUCCACACGUUAAGCCAACUUUCAUUGUGGCCACAUAUCUGGACAAUUAAAGUUCGUGUAAUUGGUUUGUGGAAGACUCCUGAAGAUAUGAUGGAAUCAAGUCAUUCAUCCUUGAACAUGGUUUUGAUAGACCGUGAGGCUGUCAAGAUUGAAGCAUAUGUAUGCAAGGAAGACCCAAUGACUAAGAACAUAGUUCCUGGUUGUGUCUAUAAGUUUUCAAUUUUCCAGGUUACUUGCAACCAUGGUGAUAAUCGUGUAACAAACCAUCGUUACAAGCUGCUCUUGCACUCUCGCACUUUGAUUUUCCCCUCUGUGGAACCAAGUAUCCCUUUUGAUGGAUAUGAUUUUCUUGACAUUGGGCAUAUUCGAAGGAACUUUGACACAUUUACCUACCUGAUAGGUUAUAACUUAUCACAAUCAAUGUUAUUUCUAAUUUCAGCAGUGGAUGAUAUUGCUGGGCUGGUUUCUUCCGCAUCUAAGGAGAAGCUGCUUAUAAAGAAUAAUACCAUGCAUAAAAUGAUUACUGUGGAACUUGUUGACACAGGGGGGAGGAUGCGUUGUUUAUUUGUCGGAGACAUUGUUUCGAUGUUUGUUCAGUACCUGUGCUCUAAUUGGACUUCAAAAUUUGUUGUUGGGCUGCAAUUUGCUGCACUUAAAUAUGUUGAAGGGAAACUUAUGGUUAAAAGUAUUCCUAAUGUCACCAAGCUUCACCUGAAUCCUAUUGUAGAAGAGCAGUCAGCUUUUGCUGAGAGAUUUAGGGGCUUUGAAAUUGAAGAGCCGGUUGCAUAUAUUGGGUAUCGUGAUAUUCGUUUGAACUUGCAAGAUGAUUUUAUUAACUUGCAUCCAGCUAAAACAUUAGCCCAGCUUAUUCACACAAAGGAGAGGGGUGUGUUCAUUGUUCGGGCUCGCAUUGUGUCUGUCAUUAAAGGUGCUGGCUGGGCAUACCCUUCUUGCCGCUGCUAUACUGAACUGAAAUCUGUCAACGAUGGUUAUAGUUGUAGUCGUUGUUUUAGGAACAUGGUGAAAAUGAUUCAUAGGUAUCGUGUUAAGGUUGAGGUUUAUGAUGGGCUUGAAAGUGCUGUGUUUGUUUUGGGUGAUCCAGAAGCUAUGCAGAUCAUUGAAAGAGCUUGUGAAGAAUUUGUAUAUGUAUCUCAGCAACCUUUGGCAGCCAACUUUCCACGUGAGAUUGAAGACAAAUUGGUUGGUGCAGAAGUUUUAUUCAAGAUUCGUAAUGAUACUGGAAGCCUCUAUAAUGGUCACUGCUGUUAUGAUGUUCUUCGAAUUUGUUCUGAUACUGAAACAAUGGACUUGUUUACUCCUAACUGCUCAAGUAUUACACCAUUGAAGUCUAAGUUUGUUCCUCCUUUCACUUAUCUGGAGGAAGACAGUGUGGAAGCUGCUGCUGGUGCAGAAAAUGUUGUUAGCUUUGAUGAAGAUGAGCUGAUGAGUGAUAUGCAGUACCAUGGAACUCAGUUUGAAGGUUAUCCUUCCGAGGAAUCAACUGCUCGCAGCGUCACUCCAAUGACUGGUGUCCUGCCUUUAAGGAGGAAAUUAUUUCAUGGAUCUGAAUUUGGUGAUGGCAAGGAACCUGAUGGCAUUCAAGUUAAAGAAGGAGUGCAUGAGGAAUUUCUUGCUACUGUGGAAUGA